AUCACUCGUACGAUCAAGACUCGCUGCGCUAAUUCAAUCUCAUACUCUCUGAAAUUAGGGCUUUUUAAAUCGCUCAAUCUUUGUUUAAUUCAAUUUUCGUACAGUCUCCUCAAGCUAUCACACACACCUCUGUGCAUAAUUUUUUUCCAAUUUUAGUUUCCCCAAUUUUCAAAAAUUAGGGUUUAAGAUUGGGAAAUUGGGAGUUGAUGUAGUGAUUUUCGAUUUGAAUUUGCGAUGAAUUUGCAUACGCACCGUAUGUCCGCCCAAGGCGGCGGCGGCGCGGCGGCGGUGCCGGUUUUGAAUGGGAGUAGUAAUAGUAAUCCGCAGAUACAAGCUUCAGGUGGUGGUCAUGUUAAUUUGGAGCCUGAUUAUGUGAGUGCACGAAGAUUUAUGACUACUAAAAUCUAUGAGUUCCUGAUGCGUCGACAGCCACAAGCCAAUGAUAGAACUACAAGGAAGGUGCUUGAUGUAGUAAAACGUUUAGAGGAAGGUCUAUUCAGGAAUGCUACCACAAAGGAGGAGUACAUGAACUUGGAGACCUUGGAGAAUCGUCUUCGGAUAUUAAUUAGAAGAGAACCUAUGAAUAAUCCCAGCCAGCAAUAUUCUCACCAACAUAUCAAUUCUUCAUCUUCUACCAGUACGAUGAUUCCAACUCCUGGCAUGCCUCAAAGCGGAAAUUCAAGCUUGAUGCAUGCAUCAUCCGUGGAUAGUUCCUUGAUCGCCUCCGGUGGUUCUAAUAGUAUUGCAUCAUCCACUGUAAACACAGGAAGCUUCUUGCCCACUGGGAAUACAACAUCUGGAGGCAUGCACGGUGGAUCCUUCAAUGGAUUAUCUGGUUCGUUGCCGCAUGGAUAUCAGCAGUCCCCUUCUACAUUUUCAAUUAGUUCCGGUGGCAAUAUCAUUGGUUCAUCGGUUGGUGGACAGAGAAUUGCAAGCCAAAUGAUACCCACUCCUGGAUUUAAUAGUUCCAACAAUAUAAACAGCAAUAAUUCUAAUGACAUGAAUAAUAAUAAUUAUAAUCAGCCUGUCAUGAAUCUGGAUUCUAAUAAUAUGGCGUAUUCAACUGUCGAAACUACAAUUGCAGCACAACCUCUGCAACAGAAGAAUCAAAUUGGUGGCCAAAACAGCCGCAUAUUGCACAACCUCGGCAGUCAAAUUGGUGGUGGUAUUAGGUCUGGUGUGCAACAGAAAUAUGGACUGUCAAGUGGGUCCUUGACUACUGGUUUAGGGACGAUUGGGAACAAUAUCCAAAUUUCAAAAGGUCCUGGAAUCUCUGAGGGCUACAUAAAUGCCCCACUCUAUGGCAACUCAUCAAAAUUGUUGCAGCAUGAUCAACAUCAGCGACAAAUAUCUCAGGGUGUUGGAUAUGGGAGCUGCACUGCUGAUUCCUCCACUUCAGGAAGCAUUUAUUGCCCUGUAACAUCUGCUGAGUUAUCGGGAAGUAAUCAGGAUAUAAAUCAACAACAGCGAUUUCUUCAACAGCAAAGACAACACAACCUCCGUCAGCAGCAACAUGUUUUACUAAAAAAUGAAGCAAGUCAAGGUCAGAUGACAUCCAAUGUGGCUGGUCAAGUAAAGUGCGAGCCUGGGAUAGAGCGCCAAGCAGAAUCCUUGCACUCUCAGUUCUCUGGACAGUUCCAGUCAUCCGAAGUACAAUACCAGAACCUAUCUGAAGACCAAUCGGUUGUUAAUAAAUCACUUUCUCUUCCACCUAGUUCUCAGGAGAUUUAUUCAGCUCAGACUCAAACGGUGGAAGAGAUGCAACAAAGUGUACAUCAGCCACCAUUUCUUACUGAUUCUUGUGAUGAGUUCACUAGUAAUGAUGGAGUUCCAUCAGAGAGAGUAUUACAUGGUCAGUGGCGUUCUAGAUCCCAAGAUGGACCUCAUGUGAUGCAAAGCUUCUCUAUCUCCAAAGAGCAUCAUAUUCAGGGGGACUUUAGUCAGAGAACAUCUGGGCAAGGUGAUGCUCUGCAAAAUAACCUAUCUUCAGGGGGGUCAAUUAUGUGUCAAAAUGUUGCUAAUAGAACAGCAGAUCCUCGUAGUGGUAAUGGUUCUGCUCUUAAAUAUGGUAAUGCAAACUGUGACCGGCAGUUCAAGAACCAGCUAAGGUGGUUAUUAUUCUUGCGGCAUGCUCGUGCAUGUAAUGCCCCGAAGGGGAGAUGUCCAGAGAAAUAUUGUGUUGCUGCCCAAGAACUGCUGCGACAUGUGGAUGGAUGCUUUCUAGCUCGGUGUCCAAAUCCUCGGUGCCCCAUGACCAAAAGAUUAAUUGAACAUCACAAGAAGUGCAAGCAUCCAGAAUGCCCUGUGUGCAUCCCAGUGAAGAACUAUAUAAUGAUGCAUAUCAAGGCACGUGCACAUCAGGAUUCCAAGUCCAGUUUUCCUUCGUCAAUAAAUGGUUCUUGCAACACUUAUGAUACCAGAGAUGCUCUGAGCAGAUUAAAUAUGAGUCAGUCUGUUGUUUCAACCUCAGAAGAUCUGCAACCAUCUUUGAAACGCAUGAAGAUCGAGCAGCAGCCAUCACAAUCUAAUGCCUCCGAACGUGAAAGCUGUGCUCCACCAGUUUCCUCUAUCAGUGAACCUCAUGUUCCACAGGACAUCCUAAAUGGGGAAAGCCAAACAGUUGACACUUGUGGGGUAAUAAAAACUGAGGUUGCAGAAAUUAAGAUAGAAAAUCUUUCAAGUUCUGCUCGUGGAAGUCCCGGUGUUCUUGAGAUGAAGAAUGAAAACAUUGAUAAAACCUUCGUCCGGGUGGAAGAUAGUGAUUCUGCUAUCACAAGUGAUCCUGUUGGCUUUCCUAAGGAAGAAAGUAUCAAGACUGAGAAAGAAGUUGCUGCUGCUAACCAUUCACUUGUGACAUUACCCAAUGAAAAUGUGGCUGCAACCAAGUCUGGGAAGCCAAAUAUACAGGGAGUAUCCUUGACUGAACUGUUUACUCCUGAACAAGUUCGGGAGCAUAUCAAAGGUCUCAGGCAGUGGGUUGGCCAGAGUAAAGCGAAGGCAGAAAAGAAUCAAGCGAUGGAGAAUUCAAUGAGUGAAAACUCUUGUCAGCUAUGUGCUGUUGAGAAACUUACUUUUGAACCACCACCAAUAUAUUGCACACCAUGUGGUGCACGCAUUAAAAGAAACGCAAUGUAUUACACCAUUGGAACAGGUGAUACACGACACUACUUCUGCAUCCCGUGCCAUAACGACUCCCGUGGGGAAACAAUUAUUGCUGAUGGAACUUCUAUUCCCAAGGCAAGAUUAGAGAAGAAGAAAAAUGAUGAAGAUACUGAAGAAUGGUGGGUUCAAUGCGACAAGUGUGAAGCUUGGCAACAUCAAAUUUGUGCGCUGUUUAAUGGGCGGAGAAACGAUGGUGGUCAGGCUGAGUAUACUUGCCCAAACUGCUAUAUUGCAGAAGUAGAAAGAGGGGAGCGUAUGCCCUUGCCACAGAGUGCUGUUCUUGGAGCUAAAGAUUUGCCUAGGACAAUUCUCAGUGAUCAUAUAGAGCAAAGAUUAUUCAAACGAUUGAAGCAGGAGAGGAUGGAAAGGGCAAGGGUGCAGGGGAAAUCUUAUGAUGAGGUUCCGGGAGCAGACUUCCUAGUUAUUAGAGUUGUGUCAUCUGUGGACAAGAAGUUGGACGUGAAGCCAAGGUUCCUUGACAUUUUUCAGGAAGAGAAUUACCCAACAGAGUUUGGGUAUAAGUCAAAGGUAGUUUUGCUGUUUCAGAAAAUUGAAGGCGUGGAAGUGUGCCUAUUUGGCAUGUAUGUUCAAGAAUUUGGAGCAGAGUGUCAGCAGCCAAAUCAUCGCCGUGUUUAUUUAUCUUACCUGGAUUCUGUAAAGUACUUUAGGCCGGAGAUUAGAACUGUGACGGGGGAGGCCCUUCGCACAUUUGUUUACCAUGAAAUCCUGAUUGGGUACCUAGAAUAUUGUAAGAAACGUGGUUUUACUAGUUGCUAUAUAUGGGCAUGUCCUCCACUGAAGGGUGAAGAUUAUAUUUUAUAUUGCCAUCCGGAAAUUCAGAAGACCCCAAAAUCAGAUAAGCUACGGGAAUGGUAUUUAUCAAUGUUGAGAAAAGCCGCCAAGGAAGAUAUUGUAGUAGAGCUAACUAAUUUGUAUGACCAUUUCUUCGUUCCUAAUGUUGGUGAAUGCAAAGCUAAAGUAACUGCAGCUCGACUACCAUAUUUUGAUGGAGACUAUUGGCCUGGUGCUGCUGAGGACAUUAUAUAUCAGCUUCAACAGGAGGAGGAUGGAAGAAAACUUCAUAAGAGGGGAUUGACAAAAAAAACUAUUUCAAAAAGAGCUCUAAAAGCGUUUGGUCAAGCUGAUCUGUCUGGAAAUGCAUCGAAGGAUCUUUUACUGAUGCACAGACUUGGUGAAACAAUUAGCCCGAUGAAGGAAGAUUUCAUCAUGGUUCACUUGCAGCACUCAUGCAGUCACUGCUGCAUUCAGAUGGCAUCUGGAAAUCGUUGGGUUUGCAACCAGUGCAAAAAUUUUCAGCUAUGUGAUAAGUGUUAUGAAGUUGAGCGAAACUUGGAUGAGCGUGAUAGACAUCCUAUUAGUAAUCAAAGAGACUCGCAUAUGCUUCAUCCAGUUGAAAUUGAAGGUGUGCCCGUCGAUACUAAGGAUAAAGAUGAGAUUCUUGAGAGUGAGUUCUUCGAUACGCGACAGGCAUUUCUUAGUCUUUGUCAAGGAAAUCAUUAUCAGUAUGAUACCUUGCGCCGUGCCAAACAUUCCUCAAUGAUGGUCCUUUACCAUCUCCACAAUCCUACUGCUCCUGCUUUUGUUACAACAUGUAAUGUAUGUCAUCUUGACAUAGAAGCUGGUCAAGGUUGGCGCUGUGAAACCUGCCCUGAUUUUGACGUAUGCAAUGCGUGCUAUCAAAAGGAUGGGGGCAUCGAUCAUCCUCAUAAAUUGACUAAUCAUCCUUCCUUAGCAGAACGUGAUGCACAAAAUAAAGAAGCCAGGCAACUACGUGUUCUCCAGCUUAGAAAAAUGCUUGAUCUUCUGGUGCAUGCAUCUCAGUGCCGUUCCGCACAAUGCCAAUAUCCAAAUUGUCGCAAGGUGAAAGGUCUUUUCCGGCACGGAAUACAAUGCAAAACUCGUGCUUCUGGUGGUUGUGUUCUUUGUAAAAAGAUGUGGUAUCUACUUCAACUUCAUGCUCGAGCAUGCAAAGAAUCUGAAUGUCACGUUCCCCGCUGCAGAGAUUUAAAGGAACAUUUAAAAAGGCUUCAGCAGCAGUCUGAUAGUCGGCGACGAGCCGCUGUGAUGGAGAUGAUGAGGCAACGAGCUGCUGAGGUUGCUGGAAAUCCUUGAUGUUAAAGAUGUGAAUAAAUAUUAAUGUUCAGGGUUCAAGUAUAAAGAGUGAUAAAGGGAGGCAUAGUUGUGUUGAAGACAUGUGUUGCUUACCAUCCAGGCAGCAAGGAACAAAAGUGUUUGUUGCUAAUGGGGAACCAGGAAAGAAGUGAAAGGCAAGAACAUGUACAGAGCAGCUGCAAUGACGAACAAUUCAUUCAUUUGCAGUUGCCGUGUCCUUCACUUGCUACAGCGUUGUGAAGAUUGCGGCAAGUGUUUGUUUUUUUGGCCAUUGAUUUAUAUCUUUUUAAAUCUUUAAAAUAUAUUCUCAUCCGGCCUUGAUGACCGGUGUACUUGUAACAGUAUGUAUCUGUAUCAGGAAGGAGGGAGGCUUGUUGAGUUGUUUUUCAUUUCUUAUUUAUUUUUGGUUUUUCUAUACAAUAUAUCUCCCUCCUUCCAAAGUUCCAUAUCGGAUCAUGUAACAUACAAUUUUGUUGAGUUAUUAUACCUUUAGUUUUGUUUUGGACAUCAAAAAUAUACCAGUUUUUCUGUUU